CCUGGGGAGAAGGGAGGGCUCAUUUGGCGGCAGCGGAGGCGCUCAGGCAAGGCCCGCGCCCCACACAAGUCUGCUGGAGUUAUCCCGCCUCGCGGUCCUGCUGUUCUUGGGCUCAUCCUGCAGACAUGCACUGGCGGCAGCCAGGCGCGCCCCUGGGCCUCGCCCCCGCGCAGGGGCUCUGAGUGCAGCCACCCCCAUGAGAGUGCAUGGUCGGGGCUCUUAGCGCUAAGCCAAGCCGCUGCCGGAACUGAGCCAUGCGGAGCUGGGCCUGGGCCGCUGCUAUGGCACUCCUUUGGCCACAGCUCACUCUGUUCGGGGGUGUGGUGGCCCGGCGGGAGCCCAAGAGGCCUCGGCUGUCAGGCCAGCAUAUGGAGUACCCCAGUGUCACCACAGCCAACAACGAGGGGCUGCCUGGCUCUCCCAAGCCACCAGAAGUCUCUAGGCCUGAGCUUUCAGAUGCCCACACGACAUGGCUGAACUUCAUCCGACGGCCAGAUGAUGGGGCCUCCAGAAAACGGUGCCGUGGCCGGGACAAGAAGUUGAGAGGGCUCUCAGGUCCUCCAGGACCCCCUGGGCCCCCUGGUCCUCCUGGUGUGGAAGUCACCUCUGCGGCCCUACUGCAGGAAUUUCAGGAGAUGCUGAAAGAGGCCAUGGAACGUCGAUUCUCAGUUCUACCAGACACACUGUUGCCCCAGGAACCUAGCCAGCGACUAGUGGUUGAGGCUUUCCACUGCCGGCUGAAGGGUCCUGUACUGGUAGACAAAAAGACACUGGUGGAGCUGCAGGGAUUCCAGGCUCCCACUUCCCAGGGUGCCUUUCUGCGGGGAUCUGGCCUAAGCCUGGCCUUGGGCCGAUUCACAGCCCCAGUCUCUGCCAUCUUCCAGUUCUCUACCAGCUUGCACGUGGAUCAUAGUGAGCUGCAGGGCAGGGGCCGGCUGCGUACCCGGGACACUGUGCGUGUCCUUAUCUGUAUCGAGUCCCUGUGCCAUAGCCACACGUCCUUGGAGACUGUCUCAGGUCUGGAGAGCAAUAGCAGAGUCUUCACAGUGCAGGUUCAGGGGCUGCUGCAGCUUCAGGCUGGACAGUAUGCCUCAGUGUUCGUGGACAACAGUUCUGGUGCAGUCCUCACCAUCCAGAGCAGCUCCAGCUUUUCCGGGCUCCUUCUGGGCACAUGAGUGAUCUGAAAGGGCACUGCGUGAGGAGCUACCAACUCACACUGGAGAGAAGCUGGAAGGACCAUUCUCCAAGUUAACACUUGUCAUAGCAAUAAAGAGUUUCCUUCUCUAUCA